AUGACAAGCCAGAGCAAGAAGAACGAAUGCAACAAACUGCCCAAAAGAGUCUUUGCUCCUCCCGUAGUGAAGUCCUACAGCCCACCCGUUGGAAAAGGUGAAAUGGAGCUUCACGGCAAGCCAGAAGAUGGAGUUACAGCCAAAUCCAUAAUAAAUAUGUUGCCAGUGCAAAGUAAAAGACUGAAAGAGAGGACGGCUAAUGUAGAAAAGAAAUCUCAGUGCAAGAAGAAUUUGGAAAUGAUUGAGAAUGAAAAGGGGUGUCUCACCGAUGCACAAUUUGAGGAAAUCGUCCAAAGUGUACUUCAAAAGUCUCCCCAAGAAUGCAUGGAUGAGAAAGCGGCAGCAAACAAUGUAGGGUGUAAGGCAAACCGGAAAAGAGAGCCCAAGAAAGCCGCGCAAGGCGGCAACGCCCAAGACGUCAUUGACCCAGAGGAAGCGCCGGAGGAGGAGGAGGAGGAGGAGGAAGAGGAGGCGGCCGGAGGAAGUGGCAGCGGCCAGGAAGUCAGGAGACCCACCGAUGGCUCCUCUGAGGCAGAAAAGCCCGGCCACGAAGGUGGCUGCUGCACCGCUUGGGUCCAGUGCUCUUACCCCAGCUGUGAGAAGUGGCGGCGACUCAGCAGCGACGUGGACCCCUCAGCCCUGCCGGAGGACUGGUCCUGUAGCCAGAACCCAGAUCUUCAGUACAACAGCUGCAGUGUUCCCGAGGAGGACUGGUCGGGCUCCGAAAACGAAGUGGUCUAUGCCAUUUAUUUCCCAGGGUCCAUCGUAUGGGCCAAGCAAUAUGGAUACCCCUGGUGGCCGGGGAUCAUAGAAGCUGACCCUGACAUGGAAGAGUACUUCCUGUUUUCUUCCCAGGCGGACUCACUUCCUUCCAAGUACCACGUGACCUUCUUCGGCCACUCCGUGACCCGCGCUUGGAUCUCUGCCUCCCAGCUGAAGAACUAUGGUGAAGCACCCGGGGAAGGAAGCGCCUUGGCCAAGAUCAGGAAUAAAAGUGAGAAGAAGGACCUCAGAGUGGCUCUGGAAAUGGCCAAAGAAGCAGAACGAAUAAGCAUUCAGGAGAGAAUAAGGAGAUUCGGCUUCCAUGGCCGAUUCAGAAACAAAGCAUCUCCCAGAGAGGACAAAAUCCUGAAAGAGCAGAAUAGCUCGGCCUCCAGGCCUCCGGUCAAAAGGGCCCCGGAAACGAAGGGUGGGAAUAAGAACGCGGCAGCCUCACGCAAGAACCCAGAAAAGCUUCUUCGCGAAAUAUCAGCAGUGAGACCCAAUGCAAAGGUCAAGAAGACCAUCAAUGUGAAAGGUUGGAAGCCGUCCUUCUCUGCGCCGCCGCAGUGCGAGACGCCUCGGGGCCAGGCACCCCCAUUCCUGCCCAGACAGCAGCAGCCCGGCCGACAUCGCCGCCUCUCGCUAGCCCAGCCAGAAAGACAGCCCGAACAGGUCUGA